GUGUGACAGACACCUUUGGGACAUGAAGUGGAUACUGUUCUUUGGGGCCCUUAUCGGGCCCAGCAUCUGUGGUCGAGGGAAGUUUUUUGGGGAUCAAGUUUUUAGGAUUAACGUCAGAAAUGGAGACGAGAUCAGCAAACUAAACGAGCUAAUGAAAUCAGACAACUUGAAGCUCAACCUCUGGAAGUCUUCCUGUUCCUUGGGUCAUCCUGUGGAUGUCCUGGUCCCGGCUGUCAGUCUGCAACCAGUCGAAUUCUUCCUCAAGUCCCAAGGCUUAGAUUACUCAGUGACAAUUGAAGACCUGCAGGCCCUUUUAGAUAAAGAAGAUGAAGAAAUGCAAUACAACCAAGAGCAAGAACGGAGCAGUAAUAACUUCAACUACGGGGCCUAUCAUUCCCUGGAAGCUAUUUACCAGGAGAUGGACAGCAUUGCUGGAGACUUUCCUGACUUGGCGAGCAGGGUGAAGAUUGGGCAUUCGUUUGAAGACCGGCCAAUGUAUGUACUGAAGUUCAGCACUGGAAAAGGCAGUCAGCGGCCGGCCAUUUGGCUGAACGCAGGCAUUCAUUCCCGGGAGUGGAUCUCACAGGCCACGGCCAUGUGGACUGCGAGGAAGAUUGUCUCUGAUUACGGGAAGGAUCCAGCCAUCACCUCCAUCUUGGAGAAAAUGGAUAUUUUCUUGUUGCCUGUGGCCAAUCCUGAUGGAUAUGUACACACGCACACUGAAAACCGACUUUGGAGGAAGACACGGUCCCUACGUCCUGGAAGCCCCUGCAUUGGUGUUGAUCCAAAUAGAAAUUGGAACGCCAGCUUUGCCGGUAAGGGAGCCAGUGCCAAUCCUUGCUCCGAAGUGUACCAUGGACCCCAUGCCAACUCAGAAGUAGAGGUGAAAUCGGUGGUAGAUUUCAUUCAACAGCACGGGGGUUUCAAAUGCUUCAUCGACCUGCACAGCUACUCGCAGCUGCUGAUGUAUCCGUAUGCGUACACCGCCAACGAGGCCGCGGAUGCCGAUGAGCUGGACGAGGUGGCAAGGCGUGCGGCUACAGCUCUGGCUUCCCUGUCUGGCACUCAGUACCGCGUGGGUCCCAGCGCUACCACUGUCUAUCAAGCUAGUGGGAGCAGCGUUGACUGGGCGUAUGAUAAUGGCAUCAAGUAUGCAUUCACUUUUGAGUUAAGAGAUACUGGGCACUAUGGCUUCCUCCUGCCAGCCGACCAGAUCAUUCCCACUGCAGAGGAGACCUGGCUGGGGCUGAAGACCAUCAUGGAGCAUGUGCGAGACCACCUCUACUAGAUGAGGAGCCCGCUCUGUCUGCACUUAUAUAUCCCCCAUGUAGGUGCGC